AUGGCUUCGAAGAUGGCGAAAUGCUUGGCUCGAUUGAUGGAUUGGAAAAUGGAGCGAUCUUCACUUGCAGCAGCUGUUGGAGACAAACUUGGUACUCUCGAUGGUGAUCUCGACGGUGCCCCUGAGGGCGAAAGAGUUGGUCCGACCACCGGAGACAGUGCUGGAGCCAGUGUUGGUAAUGAAGAUGGUUUGCUGGAAGGAUGUACACUGGGCGUAUCGAAUGGCACAGCAGUUGGGCUAAAUUCUUGGGAUUACAGUUGGACUUGCAGUUGGUGGAGGCGUUGGAUCAACUACGGGAGCCAAGUUGUCACCGGCUCGUCCUCCUUCGUUCAAUAA